AUGCUGAGAUCGUGUUGUUUUAGAUCAUUGGAGAGAUGUCUAGGAAUUCGGAAGGAUGAGUUGUUAUGGCACAUGGAUUUGAAGCCACACGCAUCUGGAGAUUUUUCUAUAGCUGUUGUGCAGGCUAAUUCUAGCCUCGAAGACCAGAGCCAAGUCUACACGUCGCCAUCAGCAAUUUACAUCGGCGUCUACGAUGGACACGGAGGCCCUGAAGCCUCCCGUUUUAUUAAUCGCCACCUCUUCCCUUAUUUACACAAAUUUACCAAAGAACAUGGAGGGUUAUCCGUGGAUGUAAUAAAGAAGGCAUUUAAUGCUAUAGAAGAGGAUUUUACUCGACUAGUGAAGCAAUCAUUGCCUGUUAGACCACAGAUUGUUUCAGUCGGAUCAUGUUGUCUAGUCGGUGCAAUUUCAGACGGUGAACUGUACGUCGCGAAUUUAGGAGACUCAAGAGCAGUGCUUGGCAGCAAAAGUUCUGUUGGGAAGAGGAAUUCGGUGGUGGCAGAGCGAUUGUCUACAGAUCACAACGUGUCGUGCGAAAAGGUAAGGAGGGAGGUCGAAGCUCAACAUCCUGAUGACUCACUUAUAGUUGUCAAUUGUCGUGGAGUUUGGAGAAUCAGGGGCAUUAUUCAGGUGUCAAGAUCUAUUGGCGAUGUCUAUCUGAAAAAACCAGACUUUAACAGAGACCCCCUUUUCUUACAAUUCGGAAAUCCUGUUCCUUUGAGGAGACCACUGUUAACGGCUGAACCCUCAAUUGUAACUCGGAAGCUGAGGCCACAAGAUUUGUUCUUAAUCUUUGCCUCAGAUGGCCUCUGGGAACAUCUUAGUGAUGAAGCUGCAGUGGAUAUUGUAUAUAAAUACCCAAGAGCUGGUAUAGCGAAGAGAUUAGUCGGAGCUGCCAUUCACGAGGCGGCAAAGAAGAGGGAGGUGAGAUACAAGGACAUUAGAAAGAUUGAAAAGGGAGUUAGGCGCCAUUUCCAUGAUGAUAUUACUGUGAUUGUGAUCUAUCUUGACCAUGAUCAUCAUAAAAGCCCUAAACACAAGCAAGGGUCUGUUGGCAUCAUCAGCGCCCCUGUUGACAUCUUCUCCUAUAAUUCAGAUGAAGUCGAGGAAAAUCCAGUUGACAAGAUUUUCCCCAAUGAAGAGUCUCGCCAUAUAUUGGCAGUAUCCUAA